ACGUAUUUCCUGAACGACAGACCCUCAACGAUUUGAUUGGUGGAGAUGUUUGCAGGUCAAAGUUAAUCUUCCUGUUAGACAACAAACAUGGGGGAUAAAGAAAAGAAGAAAAAGGAGAGCAUUUUCGACUUGUCAAAAUAUAUCGACAAGCCGAUUCGUGUGAAGUUUCAAGGCGGACGAGAGGCCAGUGGUGUCCUGAAAGGUUUUGAUCCACUCUUGAAUCUGGUGCUGGACGGUACAAUUGAGUAUAUGCGUGAUCCAGAUGACCAGCUGAAACUGACAGAAGACACGAGACAGCUGGGGCUGGUGGUGUGCAGAGGAACCUCUGUCGUUCUAAUCUGUCCUCAGGAUGGCAUGGAGGCUAUACCAAACCCCUUCAUACAGCAACAGGAUGGCUAACAUACAGUCCUCCACUCACUCUCUCUCUCACACACACACACACACACCAGUAUAUUUUGUGAAAUAUUUUGGUUGAUGUUGUUUUAAAAUGUUUAUUUGGAUUUCUCACAGUGAUAUUACAUCCAGAAAAAGAAAUUUGUGUUGUCGAAAAAGAAAAGGUUGAUCAGGAA